GUUGUGCGUGUGUGAUUAGAAAAAAAUGAUAUAUAUAUAUAUUAAAUAGUGAGAUAAAUAAAUAGUGAAGCAUUAGAUUAGUUAGUUAGUUUAAAAUUUAAAAUUUAAAUUUAAAUCAGCAUAAUUUUAUCUGAUUAGUUAGAUAUUUAUUUUUAAAUUUAAACCUAUUAUACGAUAUGUUAUAUACGUAUAUACUCUAUAACCCUAGCAGCCAGAUAGUAUCGUAUUCCCUUAUUCUCACCAUCUCUCAAUUUCUUUUUUUAUUCUCUCUAUUGAACCAAAUCAAUUGUUUUAAUCUUAAGAGCUUCGGGGUUAGCAAUCAACCGAUCAUCGUUCCGUGUCUUCGAAAUCUUCAGGGCCUAGAAGGUAUCGUAAGAGUUAAUUACAGCGGAGUUGAGAACAAGUUAAGGGAUUUGAUGGAAAACGGUGAACCCAGAAGAUCAACCCGCUUGAAUGAAAGAGCGGCUGUAAGAGACCGAGCUAGAGGUCGAGGGCGAGGAUGUGCUCGCGGUCGAGGCAGGGGAAACCAGCAUGUCCCUGCCGAGGCGGUGAUCCAGGAGAAUCAAAAUGCCCCUGUAAAUGGACAGCAACCAGGUCAAGGUGGGGGUAACCACGAAGUCCCUGCUGGGGUAGUUGGUCAAGAACACCAAAAUGCCCCUGUAGUGGUGCCACCACAACAAGAAGAUUUGGCGCAAGAAGUUGCUCGUCUCAAGGAAGAAAUUAGGAAGCGAGAUGAAGAGGCUCUCAACCGUCAGGAACAACCCAAUCAAGGACAACAUCAAUUUUUGCCGGUGCAAUACAUGCCUGUGCCGGAGGGUCGAUGGGAACCAAUAUAUGAAAGGUUCCGCAAGCAACACCCACCAAAUUUUUAA